GUGCGGACGUAAAAAGUUCCCAGUCCAGAAGCGCAACAACGUACAACGCCGCAAAGGACUUAAAGGCACAUUCGGAAAAACGCAGCACCAGACGGGAUUUACGUUACGCCGAGAGGAAAAGCGCGCUCGACCAACUUCGUCAACGCUCGCAAUUGGAUUACGCCUGCCAGCGGUAGUGGUGGCGCUGAGUUUUCUUAAAACGCACGCCGCAAAGUGAUUCGAAUUCAAACAACUUGUAACUUCGGUGCCGUGAAGUAGUGCACGAAGAGCGAACGCGCGGUCCGCACACGCAGCAAAGUUUUACAUUCGCCCACACACACGUACACAGUGCAAUGCAUCUACCAGCACCUAAGUUCUCGGAUAUGUACGCGCAGAUGCAGGACGCUCUUCAGGAGUACCACGGGGAGCUGGUGCAGACCGGAAGUCCUUCGAUCCUCUGCAGCGUGCUGCCGACGCAUUGGCGAUCCAACAAAAGCUUGCCAAUUGCGUUCAAAGUGGUCGCCUUGGAUGACAUCCAGGAUGGUACCGUCGUCACCCUCAAAGCCGGUAAUGAUGAGAAUUUCUGCGCUGAGUUGAGGAACUGCACCGCCGUGAUGAAGAACCAAGUCGCCAAAUUUAAUGAUCUGCGUUUCGUGGGACGCAGUGGACGUGGUAAAUCGUUCUCGGUGACGAUCGUCAUCAGCUCCCUGCCUUAUCAGGUUGCUACCUACACCAAAGCCAUUAAAGUCACCGUUGACGGACCAAGGGAACCCCGAACCAAAUCAACUUUUGGUUACCCAGGAUAUGGUCUACCAGGCAUGCCAGGUAACUUCAACCCAUUCCUGCUCAACCCAUCAUGGUUCGACGCUGCGUAUAUGUCCUACGCACUGCCAGACUACUUCCGCAACCGUGGUCAACAACUCCACCAGAAUCUGGUCAAACCACCAAUGCCCGCCACUCUUCCCACACCAGCUCAAGCCGCCGCUGACUUCUACAUGCCCACAACAGCACCAGUCUUCCAUCCGCCACCAUCCUUCCUACCAAACAUCCCGCAAUCCAGCCAACCUAACCAUCAAUUCCACAUCUCACCACCUUUGGUACCUUCACCAAUCGAACAACUCUCGGUACGCUUAUCACCCAUGAGUAAAGCCGAAAGUGUCAGCCCACGCAUCAACUCCACCAUGGACCACUCCAACUCGGAACACUCCGAUGAUGAAGAAGACAUCGACGUGGUCAAGUCCGCCUUCCAGCCCAUCAAGCUCGCCAGCCAGGCGUUGCAGGAAGUGCAGGUGCAACCAGCGCCCGACUCCACCACAGUCGCCGAGGAACCAGUGCGCGUCAAAUGUGAACUGAAAGCGCCGAGCGCGCGCAAAUCCAGCCCAAUAACGCAAGGACACAAGUCGCCGUCGACGAAGAUCCAGCCCGCCAAUGCGACGAAACCGGUGUGGCGGCCAUAUUAGACCAAUGGUGCGACGAUGAGUUGAGGUGUGUUUAAGCUGCAAUAGAUGUGGAUGUGUCCCCCCUAGGCCCUAGGAUAUAUGUGUAAAUAUUUGUACAUACGAUUUUGUAAAUUGUAAAUUCAAAGUGUAAUUUAUUUAUUAUAUACAUCAGAAAGGUAUUCUAUAUAUUAGAGGUAUAUUUAGUACUGCAAUUGUGAUAGCAGAAGGAUGUGAAAGUAUUGUGGACGACUACAAUUAUAUAAACAAAAUAGGCUAAGUAAUGUUUAGGCAUGAUAAGAAUCGGAGAAUUUUUAUAGCGUAUUUUUGUACAGAUGAAAGUAAUUAACAUUAUUGAUCCACAGAAAUAAGAGAAAUAAGAUUUUUGACUAGUACAAUAAAUAAAUAAAUUUUAUUAUAAA